CUCUCCCUGCGGCCGGGCCCGGGCGGGGAGGCCAGGCCCGCCCGCCGCAUCACCGGGACAUGGCGGCCGCCAUCAGCGCCGGCAUCCUGGGCCUGGGCCUGGGCCGCGGCCGCAGGAUCCUCCUCCUGCGCCAGCCGCGGAGACCCUUCGCCUCGCAGACGGACGGGGAAGCCCGGGUGCUGCAGGUCCUCAAAGACAAGUUCCCUCGGGCUUCGGCCAUCCGAGUAGUGGAUAUAUCAGGAGGCUGUGGAGCAAUGUAUGAAAUUCAUAUAGAAUCUGAAGAAUUUAAAGAAAAGAGAACUGUCCAGCAACAUCAAAUGGUUAAUCAGGCACUAAGUGAAGAAAUUAAAGCAAUGCAUGGACUACGGAUAUUCACAUCUAUUCCAAAGCACUGAAGAUGAACCAGGCAGCAUUGUUAGAAACCUGUGUGGAGAUAGGACACCUAUGGGCAUGAGACGAAACAGGAAGUUUGUAUUUUUGGAUUAUGGACUUGUUUAUCUUUAAAUCAAUAUUUAAAGUUGUUAAAACAAGGACAGUAUUUCAGAAGCUAUUUAAAGAGAGAUCCUAUUU